AUUGGGGUUUGGGUAAUUACACGGUCAUAACUUCCAGUUCUCACUCCAUUCCAGCCCACAUGAAAGCGAUUAUGAAUGAACCGGGAACAUGGACUCAUUCAGUGGUUACAUAAUGCCAGAGAAGGGUCACGGGAUCCCUUUGAGAAAUUCCCGUAAUAUCGGUCUAUCGCGACUUUUACGAUGGUCAGUUUCCUCUAUUUGCUGGACUUCAUAUAUCAUUUAUCGCGGCUGGGUGGUUGGUCAAAUAAAGUUCGAUCCGAGAUCAGGGAAAAUGAUCAUACACCCUAGGAAUAUUUGGACAAAGCGGGUUGCUCUGCUCGGUAAGAUAUCUGCACUGGUCCAUGAUAAUUCUUUCAAAGCAUAUUUAUUUGUGGCGUUUACUUUGAUGUUUUUAAAAAGACAAGAAACCCUCAUAGAGACAAUUGCAGUGCAAAUAUCGCUUUUGAACACCGGCCGUCUUUAUUACUGGCUGAAUAGCCUAUCCUGGAAUCGCUCCUUUGUGAAUCGCGUGAAUGACGUAAUUCGGGUAGACGCUCAUCGAUUGGUCCAAAUGCAGGGCUUACUUAACUUGCAGCUUCUGAUAAUCGACCUUAGAAAUCAAACUAAACAGCUGGAUUUCAGCUUUACCAGUGAGCUAAAAAAUCUGCAAACCUGUUUCGAUCUCCAGCUCAGGGCACAACCCAUUUAAAAUCAGAUUAUGAGUGUUAAUCAUGUGUGUGGAUGUCCUUUCGUCCUGGAUUUCUUCUUCUGUACAGUGCUAAAUUCCAUUAGUUGCGUUCAGUAUAAUGGCAAAUGGCGAUGAUUUCCUUGUCGACUGAAAAAUACUACAGAGACAUGUAAAUGUUUGCUUAUAAAUAACUGAUGAAGCAAAA